UCUAAAGACACUGUCACUGGCAUUGAGCCAACAUGGCUUCCUUUCCGUGUAAACAACAACAGCAUCAAGUGAACGGGGUUUGAGUUUAGGCCUAUUACCUCGCAUAUGCUCUGUCUCUUGGAUUUCGCAAAUAAUACGCAACUAGAAAUAGUUAUGUAACCUACAACGAUGUGCCGAAGGUGUUUCUAAUUAUUGUCCUUCAGACAACUCAUCAUCCUCCUCUCCGCUGGGUAGUUCAAUAGCCAUGUCCUCGCAUCAGCCCACCAGUUCAGCCUCCAACAGUCCCACCAGCACCUUUGGCUCACCUUUCUCAGUCAUCAGCCCCUCACUGGGCUCCCCUGGUGUGGCACCCUCCAUGGGUUAUGGGCCUAUUAGCAGUAGUCAGAUCAACUCUACAAUGGGGAUGCACUCGAUCAGCAGCUCCGAUGAUGUCAAGCCCCCGUUUGGCUUGAGGCCUAUGUCUGCACACAGCCCUGGGAUAAUGCUCUCCCAGAAACGCAUGUGUGCCAUCUGUGGAGACCGCUCCUCUGGUAAGCACUACGGUGUGUACAGCUGUGAAGGUUGCAAGGGCUUCUUCAAACGCACAGUUCGCAAGGACCUGAGCUACACCUGCAGGGAUAACAAAGAGUGCCUGGUGGACAAGCGCCAGCGCAACCGCUGCCAGUACUGCCGCUACCAGAAGUGUCUGGCUAUGGGCAUGAAGAGGGAAGUGGUCCAAGAUGAACGUCAGAAAUCAGUCCAGGAGGAGCGUCAGAGGAUCAGGGAGCGAGAGGAGGGACUGGAGUGCAGCAGUGCUGUGAACGAGGAGAUGCCCGUGGAGAAGAUCUUGGAGGCGGAGACGUCCGUGGAGCAGAGGGUGGAGCUCCACUCUGACGCAGGCUCCGCUGGUAGCUCUCCCCAUGAUGCGGUGACAAACAUCUGCCAGACUGCAGACAAGCAGCUGUUUGCAUUGGUGGAGUGGGCCAAGAGGAUCCCCCACUUCUCUGAGCUGCCCCUGGAUGACCAGGUCAUCCUCCUGCGUGCAGGGUGGAAUGAACUUCUGAUCGCCUCCUUCUCCCACCGCUCCAUCGCUGUGAAGGACGGGGUCCUGCUGGCCAAUGAGCUGCACCGGGACAACGCACACAGUGCAGGGGUGGCGGCCAUCUUUGACAGGGAGAGUGUGCAGAGUGCCGAGGUGGGAGCCAUAUUUGACAGAGUUCUCACUGAGCUGGUCAGUAAGAUGAGAGACAUGCAGAUGGACAAGACCGAGCUGGGCUGCCUCAGAGCCAUCGUCCUCUUCAACCCAGACGCUAAAGGUCUAUCCAACACCGGGGAGGUGGAGCUCCUGAGAGAGAAGGUCUAUGCGUCACUGGAAGCCUACUGCAAGCAGAAAUACCCAGAGCAGCAGGGAAGGUUUGCUAAGCUCCUCCUCAGGCUGCCAGCACUACGUUCUAUUGGCUUGAAGUGUUUGGAGCACCUGUUCUUCUUCAAGCUGAUUGGUGACACCCCUAUCGACACGUUCCUAAUGGAAAUGCUUGAAGCGCCUCAUCAGUUGGCAUAGAGGUGGUGGGAGUGGAGAGGUGUUCUGUGGCCGGGGUUAGAUAGCUUGGGUCUGGGGAUUUGCUGGAGUGGGACUGCACUUUUAGUUAUUUGGGGAAUUCAGCAAUUUCUCUCACUGCUGUCUGGGUUAUGCUAUUUAGUACACCACCACAUUGUCUCUUUCAGAACAUACAUCCCUAAGACUUGUGAUCUACAGGCUGGUGCUAUAUAUUAAUAUAAGUUCUUGAAUAACUGAGAGAGGAAAAAAAUAGUAAAGUAUUUUUAAAAAAUUUGACUCUUUAGUUCCCCUACUCUGGCUUAUCGAAGCUACAAUUUGGGUAAAUGUUUUUAUAGGACUAUGUUAAUGCUUUUUAGACAAACCCCAAAUGAUAAGCUUAAAUUCUGUAAGUGAUCCCACCCGUAACCGGUUUUUAAAAUGAAGGUAACCUGGAUGCAACGAGACUGUCAUUUAACCUUUUUUAUCAUUUAGAAUUGGAACAAGAUCUUUUUGAAAAAAACAUUAAAAACAGGUUUUAUUGUCAAAUCUUGGGAAAGUACAUUACUGUACCAAGCUCGCUGCAUACCAUGUGUCUGACUCUUAGCUCCUAGUGGUUCUGUAUCCCUCUCAGAUUACCAGAAAGCAACACGUUAACAAUAAACCCAGGAUACAAAACGAGUAGGUGAAUCACAACCGAACACAGAGCAGAUUUGUAUUGACUGUGUUGAGUAGCUUUAUUUGUCUAGUAAUAUGCUAUUAGCGUUGUUUAUCUCUUUGCUGUUUUGUAAAAUGUAAUCACCUUGCAGGCAAAAAGAUUGAGCUACAUUGCACAUUUUUGCAAUGUACUAUUUCUACACCAUACUAUACAAGUCAUCAAAUGUCUGGCCAGCAAACAGUCUAGUGUUUGUACUUUUGGUGCUAUAUGACAGACAUUUGCCAUAACUAAUUUCAGCCAUACACCAAACUGCAAACAGAAAAAAUUAUGCAAGAAACAAACAAAAAAAAAUCUUAAAAUGUUGUAAAUGUAGCAAUACAAAAUGAAUACAUAUGCUUUCUUUCUGCUUGUCAACUUGUCCGUUCUGGGGUUUUUACAAAGUUAAUCAUUGUCUGUUUUAGAAAGGGAAUACUCCAAUAUGUAAUUUAUCUAAACAAUGUAAGGUACUGUGCAAAUAUUGUUCAGGGAAAAUACUAUAUAUUGAUAGGUUUGAAUAAUGAGGUCAGGAGACAGACAAAUUAUGUAAUAAUUGAUAUGUGCCCUUGCUAUUAGUUCACCAAUUGUAUAGAGCAGAUCAUGUCUUAGGUUGUACUGGAUUCCCUAAAGCCCUGUUUAUACAUUUACAUUUUAGUCAUUUAGCAGACGCUCUUAUCCAGAGCGACUUACAGUUAGUGAGUGCAUACAUUUUCAUACCUGGUUCUAACAUGCAUCCUUUGUCCUGAUCCUGUCCACAUUCUGAUUGUGCCCACAUUUUCAGACAGGUGUAGACGAUUUAAAAGAUGCAUUGUGAUCAGAUCUUCCUGACCACCCCAGGAGGUAGUCAGGCACGCAUUGUGUCUGGGUAUCUUACAAGUGUAGACAUAUGGACAGUGAAACCAUUUAAAGCACAAUUAUUCCACCUUCUAAAAUCAUUGACAGGUGGCACCACUGUCUUAUGGCAUCAAUAUGUGUCAUAAAGUAAAUAAAUACAUAUUAUUUUGAUAGAAUAGCUCUCAAAUAAUUUGCAUACAGGGAGGGACCAGGAAAUCUGGUCACAAUGCAGACACACUGGACAGAUACGAGACACAUUUUACUACCAAGUGUAAACAUAUUUCUGAGAAUGUGGACAAGAUCAGGAAAAAGGACGUGUGUUAGCGCCAGGUAUAAACGAGGCUUUUGAAUCACAUUCAGCUGAAUCUCAUUGUUUGGGAUUUUUUUGUGCUUUCUAUAGUAGUAGUUUUUCCUGUUUCCUUUUUUUUUUGGAGCUAGUUGUCUUGUUCAUCCUCUCCCUGCUUACAGUUUAUUAAAAAAAAACACAAACCGUAAUCACGUUUAAAGAUCCAUGACACCUGUGGACUUAGACAUAUUAAACAAGACCAAAUAUGAGUUUUGUAUGAUGAUCAUGUGUGAACACCUGAACAAGUGUAUUGGUAUAUGUGUCAUUAUCCUGUAUAAGCUCUGGAGCAGUUUAAAGAUCCGUGUGGAUAAGUGAAUUACAGCUUGGGUAAUGUGGACUGAAAAUAAAGAGGUUCAACUUUU